GCCGCGUGACGCAGUGCCGGAAGCGGGCGCGGUGCGGGGCGGCCAUGGAGUUCCCGGACGUGGGCGCGCACUGCUCCUGGCCCGCCUGCCAGCGCCUGGACUUCCUCCCCCUCAAGUGUGACGCCUGCGAGCAGAUCUUCUGCACCGACCACAUCGCUUACGCCCAGCACGACUGCACCUCUGCCUACAAGAAGGAUGUCCAGGUCCCUGUGUGUCCCCUCUGCAACACCCCGGUCCCCGUGAGGCGCGGGGAGAUGCCCGAUGUCGUGGUGGGUGAGCACAUCGACCGUGACUGCAAGUCUGACCCUGCACAGCGCAAGUGCAAGAUCUUCACCAACAAGUGUUUGAAGCCUGGCUGCAAGCAGAAGGAGAUGAUGAAGGUGAUUUGUGACCAGUGCCACAAGAACUACUGCCUCAAGCACCGGCACCCCCUGGACCAUGACUGCAGUGGGGCAGGGCGUCCACUCUCCAAAGCAGGGCACGCUGCAGUUGCGAGAGCCCAGGCAUCCUCCUCCAAAACGGUUGCUGCAUCGAGCAGUGGAGCUGCCCGGCCAGCAGACAGCCCCUCUUCUCCAGCCUCUGCCAGAGGAGGCCGAGCAGCUGCGCCGCAGGCUCGCAGCACCUCCCCUCCAGCUGUCAUGCUGCAGAACGGGCUGAGUGAGGAAGAGGCUCUGCAGCGAGCUCUGGAGAUGUCCCUGGCAGAGUCAGCACGCAGCUCAGCACAGCCACCCAGCAGCACGCAGGAGGAGGAGGAUCUGGCACUGGCCCGGGCGCUGUCAGCGAGUGAAGCCGAGUACCAGCAGUCACAGCGGCAGGCACAGGGUUCAAAGCCAUCGAACUGCAGCAUGUCGUAGGCAGGUGAAGCAGGGUGCGCCAGUGGAUGUGGGAUCCCACUUGUGACCUGAGGAGCAGCUCUGGCCUCCCGCGUGGAUGCCAUGGGGUUCUGGCAUGGGCACUGAUGAUAAGAGCCUCUCGCCAGAGACAACUCAUCUCCCUGGGGGACUGUAGGCGAGCCACCAUGCACACACUGACACCUCAACCCUAGUACCUGUAUAAAAUCAGUGCAGCAAGUUGCUGAUGCUCCUGGAGAGGUGAAGACAGGAUGGAAGGAGGCUGAGCACACACUGACCAAAGCAGGUGGUAGCCCACAGCAUGCACUUAGCCACAGCUGCUGUGGCUGUGUCCCAGCACUGCUGGGAUUCUGGGGUGAGGGCAGAGCUGGCCUGGAGGGAAGUUCCAUGUGGGCUCAUCUCUGCGUGCUCAGACGUACUGCUGGGAUACAGCUGCCUGCUGCAGUGGUGGGGGCUGGAUUUCACACUCCUGGGGGACUGUUGCCAGCUUCUUGGCAAAGAGCACCUGUGGCUGGGAAGGUCUCUUGCCUGGGCAUGGCACAGCUGAAUGUGCAGCCUCCCAUCAGCGUGGAGUGAGCCCCUUCCCUGCUCCCCAUGCCUCGGUGCCUCCCCUGCUGUCUGCAUGCACAAGACUACACGGGGCCGUACUCACCUUGGCUGGGGCCCAGCACCUCUCUCAGGCUGAAUGAGCUGUGUUUCCUUUCUGGUUUAAUUUAACAAGGGCCGUUAUCUGAAAAGUAACCUCAGCAGUGACUUUACGGUAGCGUCGCUCGCAUGGGAGGACCGCAGCUGCCUUCCUGCUGCUGUGUGCUGCCUGAAACGAUCCUAGGGCCUUGUUUCAAUGCUGCUGGGGCAGGAACGCUUCCCUCCUUGCAGCUGUGCUGCAGGGAAUUUCCCUCCUGGGUAACAGCAGCACAGAACCCCUUCUAGCAACCACAGCCCUGAGCUUGGAGCCAGCUCUUCACUGCUGGUGUUUGGAGGCAGGAACUGAUGCCUGGGCAGGGGUCACUUGUCCUGCUUGCCCCUUGCAGGGGGCUCUGCAGCAGAGCAGAGUGGUGCUGCUUUCCCACCUGCUGUCAUGCAUUUCUGCUGGAACCACUCUUGCCUGGAGGGCUGUGCCUGGCUCUGCACAGGGCUGGUCCUACAGCUGAGGGGGGGUUACCUGCUGGCAGUGACUCCCUGGGGUGGGAGGUGGGUUCAGGCUGGGCUCAGGGAAUGCUGAGACUUGUCAAAGUGCUGCUUGGGAGAAAAUAAAAGCAAAGCACAAGGUGCAGAAGCA